AUGCGUCCCGAAGUCGAGCAAGAACUCUCCCACACUUUGCUCGUCGAGCUCCUUGCCUACCAGUUUGCUUCGCCCGUCAGGUGGAUCGAGACGCAAGAUGUUUUCCUCGCUGAGAAGACGGCGGAGCGCAUUGUCGAGAUUGGUCCUGCCGACACCCUUGGCGUGAUGGCCAAGCGCACAUUGGCCUCCAAAUAUGAAGCGUACGAUGCUGCCAAGUCCGUCCAGCGCCAGAUUCUUUGCUACAACAAGGACGCAAAGGAAAUUUAUUACGAUGUCGACCCUGUCGAAGAUGAGCCUGAGCCAGCGGCGGCAGCUGCCGCGCCCGCUGCUGGUGCCCCAGCUUCCUCCGCAGCCCCCGCCGCCGCUGCUGCCCCCGCCGCCGCGGCCGCUCCCAGCGCCGGCCCUGCAGCACAGGUUCCUGAUGCGCCUGUCCAGGCCAUUGACAUCGUGCGAACUCUGAUUGCUCAAAAGCUCAAGAAGCCCCUCACCGAGAUCCCUCUUAGCAAAGCUAUCAAGGAUCUUGUUGGUGGCAAAUCCACACUCCAAAACGAAAUCCUCGGCGACCUGGGUAAGGAGUUUGGCUCGACCCCUGAAAAGCCUGAGGACACACCCCUUGAUGAGCUUGGUGCCUCGAUGCAGGCUACCUUCGACGGCCAGCUCGGCAAACAGACACAAUCCCUUAUCGCUCGCCUGAUUUCUUCCAAGAUGCCCGGUGGCUUCAACAUCACAGCCGCUAGGAAGCAUCUCGAGACGAGGUGGGGUCUCGCUUCGGGCAGGCAAGACGGCAGUCUUCUCCUGGCUCUUACGAUGGAGCCCCCUGCCCGACUCGGCUCGGAAGGUGACGCCAAGGCCUUCUUGGAUGAUGUGGCUCAGAAGUACGCUUCAAAUGCUGGCAUCAGCCUGACAACGGCGGCGGCGGCGGGCCCCGCGGGCGGCGGUGGCGGUGGCAUGAUGAUGGACCCCGCUGCCAUCGAUGCCCUCACCAAAGACCAACGUGCCAUGUUCAAGCAACAGCUUGAGCUCCUCGCGAGGUACCUCAAGCUGGACCUUCGUGCCGGUGACAAGGCGGCUGUUACAUCCCAGCAGUCGGAGAAGGUUCUUCAGGCACAGCUGGAUCUCUGGACAGUCGAGCAUGGCGACUUUUACGCCUCUGGCAUCCUGCCCGUCUUCAGCCCCCUGAAGGCGCGUACGUACGACUCGUCCUGGAACUGGGCUCGUCAGGACGCCCUCAACAUGUACUACGACGUCAUUUUUGGUCGUCUCCAGGCUGUUGACCGUGAAAUCGUCAGCCAGUGCAUUCGCAUCAUGAACCGCGCCAACCCUACAUUGAUCGACUUCAUGCAGUACCACAUGGAUAAUUGCCCCACCGACCGUGGUGAGACCUACAAGCUAUCCAAGCAGCUGGGUCUGCAGCUCAUUGAGAAUUGCAAGGACGUCCUCAACGCCUCGCCCGUGUACAAGGACGUCGCUGUACCGACUGGCCCUCGCACGACCGUCGACGCCAAAGGCAAUCUGAAGUAUGAAGAGGUCCAGCGUCCGAGCUGCCGCAAGCUGGAGCACUACGUCCAGCAGAUGGCUGAGGGCGGCAAGAUCUCCGAGUACGGCAACAGGACCAAGGUCCAGAACGAUCUCAAGCGCAUCUACAAGCUCAUCCGUGAGCAGCACAAGAUGUCCAAGACCUCGCAGCUCGAGAUCAAGAGCCUCUACGGUGAUGUUCUGCGCUCUCUCAGCAUGAGCGAGAGUCAGAUUAUCCCCAAGGAGAACGGCAAGCCCAACGGUGUCAAGAAGGUCAGAACCAACGGUCCCGGCAAGGGCAAGGUUGAGACCAUUCCCUUCCUGCACCUGAAGCGCAAGACUCUCCACGGCUGGGACUACAGCAAGAAGCUGACGGCAUCGUACCUGACGUGCCUCGAGGAAGCUGCCAGAGACGGCGUCACCUACGCUGGCAAGUACGUCCUGAUGACCGGCGCUGGCGCUGGCUCCAUCGGAGCCGACGUUCUUCAGGGCCUCAUCAGCGGUGGUGCCAAGGUCGUCGUAACCACCAGCCGCUUCUCGCGCGAAGUCACCGAGUACUAUCAGUCCAUGUACGCUCGCUACGGUUCCAAGGGUUCCCAGCUUGUUGUCGUUCCUUUCAACCAGGGCAGCAAGCAGGAUGUCGAGGAGCUUGUUCAGUACAUCUACGACACAAAGACUGGUCUCGGCUGGGAUCUCGAUUUCAUCAUCCCCUUCGCUGCUAUUCCCGAGAACGGCCGCCAGAUUGACAACAUUGACUCCAAGUCUGAGCUGGCCCACCGUAUCAUGUUGACCAACCUCCUGCGUCUCCUUGGUUGUGUCAAGAUCCAGAAAGCUGAGCGUGGAUUCGAGACCCGCCCUGCCCAGGUCGUUCUUCCCAUGUCUCCCAACCACGGUACCUUCGGUAACGAUGGUCUGUACUCCGAGUCGAAGCUCGCACUCGAGACCCUGUUUAACAGGUGGCACUCCGAGGACUGGGGUCACUACCUCACCAUUUGCGGCGCCGUCAUUGGUUGGACUCGUGGCACUGGCCUCAUGGGCGGCAACAACGUUGUUGCUGAGGGUGUUGAGGCCUUUGGCGUCCGCACCUUCUCUCAGCAGGAGAUGGCGUUCAACCUCUUGGGUCUUCUGGCCCCUGCCAUCGUCGAUCUCUGCCAGUCCGAGCCUGUGUUUGCCGACCUGAACGGUGGUCUUCAGUUCAUCCCCAACCUGAACGAAACCAUGACCAGACUUCGCAAGGACAUAAUGGAGACGGGCGAGACCCGUCGCAUCGUCGCCAAGGAGAACGCCAUUGAGAACAAGGUCGUCAACGGACCCGAUUCUGAACUCCUGUACAAGAAGAAGCUCAUCGAGCCCCGGGCCAACAUGAAGUUCGACUUCCCCCCCCUCCCCGACUGGGAUGCUGAGAUUGCUCCUCUCAACGACAAGCUCAAGGGUAUGGUCGAUCUUGAGAAGGUCGUCGUCGUCACCGGUUUUGCCGAGGUUGGUCCUUGGGGCAACUCCCGCACUCGUUGGGAGAUGGAGGCUUAUGGCGAGUUCUCUAUCGAGGGCUGUGUUGAGAUGGCUUGGAUCAUGGGUCUCAUCAAGAACCACAACGGUCCCAUUAAGGGCAAGCCAUACUCUGGAUGGGUUGAUGCCAAGACCGGUGACCCCAUUGAGGACAAGGACAUCAAGCCCAAGUUCGAGAAGCACAUUCUCGAGCACUCGGGUAUCCGUCUCAUCGAGCCUGAACUGUUUGAUGGCUACGACCCCAACCAGAAGCAGCUUCUCCACGAGGUCGUCAUUGAGGAGGACCUCGAGCCCUUCGAGGCAUCCAAGGAGACUGCUGAGGAGUUCAAGCGCGAGCACGGAGACAAGGUGGAGAUCUUUGAGAUUCCCGAGUCUGGCGAAUACAUUGUGCGCAUGAAGAAGGGCGCUGGCCUUUGGAUUCCGAAGGCACUUCGUUUUGACCGCCUUGUUGCCGGCCAGAUCCCCACAGGCUGGGACGCCAAGAAGUACGGUGUCCCGGAGGACAUCAUCGACCAGGUCGACCCCGUCACCCUCUUUGUCCUCGUCUCCGUCGCCGAGGCGCUUCUUUCGUCUGGUAUUACCGAUCCCUACGAAUUUUACAAGUACGUCCACGUCUCCGAGGUGGGCAACUGCAUUGGCUCCGGUAUGGGAGGUGCUGGCGCGCUCCGUGGUAUGCACCGCGAUCGCUUCCUCGAUAAGCCAGUCCAGAACGAUAUUCUCCAGGAAUCAUUCAUCAACACCAUGGCCGCUUGGGUCAAUAUGUUGCUCCUCUCCUCGUCGGGUCCCAUCAAGACGCCUGUCGGUGCUUGCGCCACCUCCGUCGAGUCGGUCGACAUUGGUUAUGAAACCAUCAUGGAAGGCAAGGCCAAGAUUGUCUUUGUCGGUGGUUUCGAUGACUUCGGUGAGGAGGGCUCUUACGAGUUCGCCAACAUGAAGGCCACCAGCAAUGCUGUUGAUGAGUUGGCUCACGGCCGUACGCCCAAGGAGAUGUCCCGCCCCACUACCACCACCCGUAACGGCUUCAUGGAGUCUCAGGGCAGCGGUGUCCAGAUUCUCAUGACUGCCAAGCUUGCCCUCGAUAUGGGUGUCCCUAUUCACGGCAUCGUUGCCCUCACCACGACUGCCAGUGACAAGAUUGGCCGCUCCGUCCCCGCGCCUGGCCAGGGUAUCCUGACGUCGGCCCGCGAGCAUGCCAGCAAGUUCCCCUCGCCCCUUCUGGAUAUCAACUACCGUCGCCGCCAGAUUGAACUUCGCAAGAAGCAGGUCAAGCAGUGGCAGGAGUCUGAGCUUGAGUACCUCUGGGAGGAGGUUGAGGCCAUGAAGGCUCAGGGCCACGGCUUCGAUGAGAAGGAGUACGCCCACGAGCGUGCGUUGCACAUUGAGAAGGAGGCGCAGAGGCAGGAGAAGGAGGUCCUGCGCAGCCUGGGCAACAACUUUUGGAAGUCGGACCCUACCAUUGCGCCUCUGCGCGGUGCCCUCGCUACAUGGGGUCUCACGAUCGACGACCUGGACGUCGCCUCGUUCCACGGUACCUCGACCAAGGCGAACGACAAGAACGAGUCAUCUGUCAUUUGCCAGCAGCUCAAGCACCUUGGCCGCAAGAAGGGCAACGCCGUGCUGGGUAUUUUCCAGAAGUACCUCACUGGUCACCCCAAGGGUGCUGCCGGUGCCUGGAUGAUGAACGGUUGUUUGCAGGUCCUUAACUCGGGUCUCGUGCCCGGUAACCGCAACGCCGACAACGUCGACGCCGUCAUGGAGCAGUUCGACAUGAUCGUCUACCCCAGCCGCAGCAUCCAAACGGACGGCGUCAAGGCCUUCUCGGUCACGUCGUUCGGUUUCGGUCAGAAGGGCGCGCAGGCAAUUGGUGUGCAUCCCAAGUACCUCUACGCCGCGCUUGACGAGGAGACGUAUGAGGCCUACAGCGCCAAGGUGGAGGCGCGUCAGAAGAAGGCAUACCGCUUCUUCCAUAACGGCAUGAUCAACAACACGCUGUUCGUGGCCAAGAGCAACGCUCCUUACGAUGAGGAGCAGCUGGGCAAGGUCCUACUGAACCCCGACGCGCGCGUCUCGGUCGACAAGAAGACUUCGUCUCUGACGUACGCUCCCAACUUUAUGAAGCAGUCGGAGAAGACGGUCAAGACGAGCGCGGCCAAGGCGACGCAGGACAUGAUGGAGACGCUGGCGAAGAAGACGGUCUCGAGCAACAGCAAGGUCGGCGUUGACGUCGAGGACAUCUCGGCCAUCAACAUUGAAAACGAGACGUUUGUGACGAGGAACUUCACGGCGGGCGAGAUUGCCUACUGCCAGAAGGCGCCCAGCCCUCAGAGCUCAUUUGCGGGGCGAUGGAGCGCCAAGGAGGCCGUGUUCAAGUCCCUCGGCGUCGCCAGCAAGGGCGCCGGCGCGGCGCUGAAGGACAUCGAGAUUUCCAAGAACGAGGAUGGUGCUCCCGUGGUUAACCUCCAUGGCGAUGCCGCGGCAGCGGCCAAGAAGGCAGGUCUCAAAGAGAUCAGCGUGUCCAUCUCGCACUCGGACUCGCAGGCAAUCGCAGUGGCAGUGGCCACGUUCUGA